AUUCGACUGCCAAAUGCUAUCAUUUCUCGAGCUACAAAGGCCAUGGAGCCAGUCAACGAGGAGGAAAGGCGCGAAACGUGUCUUUCAGGCUUGAAACUCUCAGUUCAGCUGCAAAGCUUUUCCUGCGACAAAAACGAUCGUUUCUUUGUUAUGGAUGUGCAAUGUGCCAUCCACCUCAUCUCGACAGUUCAUACAGACAGCAGAUAUUCAAGACGAGAGAUUUUCGGAUAAGCAUCGGAGCCAUCAGAAAAAUAUUCGACAACUAUAUAACCGAAAAGUCUCUUUUCUGUGUCUGUGAUGGGUGCGACCAACCUAACACCCAGCAUAAUCUCUCACCGUCCCAGCUGGCUGUACACAAGCAUCCCUUACCGUCGACCAUUCUAACCCCAGGACAGCUCCCUCCAUUGCCUGAACCAACGAGGAUUGGUGAUUCGGAGACGAUACACGGAAGCGGUGCGCCCGAAGACUCUUGCCAUCUUUCCUUCCGAUCUGAGCGAUGUUCUUCUCUGGAUCAAAUAAGCAGGUGUCUGACAACAUCUUCAUCAUGCAUGCUGAACGAGGCCGAGCUGGCGCUACACUCUUCCAGCCGUUCCUUCAUUCGCGAAUCGAGGUCCGCCUCUUCCGGAUUGGUACAAAUUGGCUGUAAUGUAUAGGCAAUGUGGCCCGAUCGGCAAAAGAGUAUAUUUCCAGUGGUCGUCAUUUUGAAUAGGGUGACGUCCUAGUUUCUGAGUCUGAAUGUAUCUAUAAUUGAAAUGUGGUGAAUUUCAAGCCAUACCCAACGCACAAUCCGGACCCACUAGUCA